AAAGGGGGGACGAAAACCGGUUACCGAAAACCGGAUAAACCGGUUCUAACAACGGGCGUUUUUCGAUUUAAACGAAAAUUUCAUUUUCGGCGUGCUUCCAAAUUAAUAUAUAUCGCGAUUUGACCAAAAAUUAUUAAUAAUAAUCGAAAUCAAAUUAAUAAAAAUCAAAAAGACUCGCAAGAUUUUGUGGACACAAAGUGAAAUAAUAAGAAAAAACUUUUAAGUGAAAUCGAAAGUUGUUUUUCGAUUUAAAUUAAUCGAAAGGAAGGGGAAAAGUGUUAAUUUUCUUAAUUAAUUAAAGACGUUAAACGAAAAUAUCGGUGUGCUUGGCGUCGUCGUCGAAAAUGAACUGGAUACGCAAAUAAAAGUUGAUGAUGCGAAAACGCGAGAUAAUUUUAACGGCGGUCUUCUCCAGUUUGGCCGCGUUAAUUUUGAUCGCGGGCAUCGGAGCCGCUUGUUAUUUCUUCCAUAAAAGACGUCGCAAGCGCGACGACGACGAAGAAGAUAUGGCCGAGACGCCUCAAAGGAACGAAACGGCCCCUCAGGAGAAAAAAUCGAGAAUCAACGGGUUCCUAAGUUUAAAAACGCCACUGAUAUCAACGAAAACCUUAGGAGCUCAACUAGAGACUACAGGAAGUCCACAGGCAAAAUCGCCAGCAGGAAGCAGUGCAGGAGCGGGCCCCCCAGAAGCCCGAACACCAACGGCACCCAACAAAGCGCUACAAAAUGUCAAAGGGGAUCAUCCUUCGAUGGCGUUUUUACAAAACAGAUCCAUCUCCUUGGUCGACAUGUACAUAGACAACUCGGAGCCAUCUGAAAAUGUCGGGCAGAUACAUUUCUCGCUUGAAUACGACUUCCAAAACACCACUUUAAUCCUCAGGAUAAUACAAGGUAAAGAACUUCCUGCGAAAGAUUUAUCGGGAACGAGCGACCCCUAUGUAAGAGUGACGUUAUUACCGGACAAAAAACACCGUCUUGAAACGAAGAUCAAAAGGCGAACGUUAAACCCGAGAUGGAACGAGACAUUCUAUUUCGAGGGCUUUCCCAUACAAAAGUUACAAUCUCGAGUACUUCAUUUGCAUGUUUUUGAUUACGAUAGAUUUUCGAGAGAUGACUCUAUCGGUGAAGUAUUCUUACCGCUGUGCCAAGUGGAUUUAAGUGAAAAACCUUCGUUUUGGAAAGCGCUAAAACCGCCGGCGAAAGAUAAAUGCGGCGAAUUAUUAACCUCAUUAUGUUAUCAUCCGAGUAAUAGCAUCCUCACGCUCAGUUUGCUCAAGGCGAGGAAUCUCAAAGCGAAAGAUAUCAAUGGCAAAUCAGACCCGUACGUUAAGGUUUGGUUGCAAUUCGGCGAUAAACGCAUCGAAAAGCGUAAAACGGCGAUUUUCAAAUGUACGUUAAAUCCGGUUUUUAACGAGUCGUUUUCGUUUAAUGUGCCAUGGGAAAAAAUUAGGGAAUGUUCUUUGGAUGUUAUGGUUAUGGACUUUGAUAAUAUAGGAAGGAACGAACUUAUAGGAAGGAUAUUGUUAGCAGGUAAAAGUAAAAACGGCUCGGGGGCCUCCGAAACGAAACACUGGCAAGAUAUGAUAACAAAACCGAGACAAACCAUCGUUCAAUGGCACAGAUUGAAACCGGAAUAAGGCGGUGGCGUAUUAACACUUUAUUUUGCGGUCUCUUAAAAUAAGAUUACGAUAAUAUAUAAAAAUUUUAAGUACGUAUUGAUUAAUUAUGAUAAAGAACGAAUUUUUUUGGUUCAAAGAUGAGUACAAAAAAGAUUUUUUAAGUGAAUAAAAUAAAGCGCACUCAACACACGAUAAAUCGACAAUAAUUUGAGCUUUUCGAACGGCGAUUUAUUUGGGAUUCAUUUUUUUUAUGAUUUAAGAACGCCAAAAAAAUUAAUAACUAAUUAUUAAUAAAAAAAAUACAUGAAUAAUAAGUCUAAAUUCGCUGAGCCUUAUUUGAAAGGGGGGAAGAAAAUUUUUUAAAAUCGAACGAGAAAAAAUCUUGGGGUGAAAUAUUU